AGGAAUCACGCUGUUGUCUACCUAGAUAUCCGUAUCUAGAAGCUGGUUUAUGGACGAUCUGUCCACGUCUUGUCAGUGGCUCGAUAGGGAGGCAUCGAGACUUCUGAAGGUGGACGUGUGUAUUUUGCUCUGUGGCUUAUACUUGAUCCUUCACAAAUAAAUGCUAUGUGUUUUUGACGGCGUGGGUUAAGCCUGGUUCACGUGGCUCACUGCCCCUUCGAUGAACAACUUUCUGAGGGAAUCUCUACAUUAUUUCUGGAUAAUAAUUCCAGCUUCAUGAAUGACUCGAUCAGGUGUAUUGAUUAAGUGAUCAAUCAAUGACUCAUUAAUCUUCUUCUAUCUUCUGAGACGUUCUUGGCGCGGGAAAUCCAACUGACAAGUGCAUGUGAGGAAGGGCAUGGCCUCCAAGAACAAGGCAGCCACAGUGCUUUUUCGUGCAGCACAAAAGGCUGCCAGACAGAUCGAUGCAGCCUUCGGUGGGCUGAACUUCCGCAUGCCCUUAGACUCGACAGCUUGGCAGACGGCUGCUCACGAGUGGAGCACCCCUACAGAUGAGUACCGCCUGAACGCUGUCAAUGAGCUGCUGCCCGGCCUCCUACAGCCGCCAUCGAGCGGCUCAUUUGGGCGAGGGGAGCUGAAGCAGUGCAUCCGCGCCAACUUCGAGGCCAGCUCCUCGGCGCCUGCCGAGCAGCUACCGCAGCUGCUUGACACGGGUUUUGAUGCGCUGCGCGUGCUGGCGGAGCAAUAUACCCUGGAGCAAUGCAGCGCGGUGGCCACCACAAACGGCGUGCAUGUGGAGAUCACUACCGCCUGUAUAGGCUCCAAAAUUCCCCUGGACCUCAUAGAGACCCCCACUGCUCGCCCUGUGUGGACCUACCGCUGCCGCGUAGAGAACGUCGGGGAGAAGAAGGUGCAGCUGCUUGGGCGGCAGUGGCUCAUACUGACCAGCGAGGGACUCCAGCACGCUGUCGUCCCCAGGGGCAGCACAGGAGUGGUGGGCUGCACGCCAAUCCUGCAUCCGGGCGAGUGCUUCCAGUACUACAGUGCAACGGAUCUCUCCACUCCCAGCGGCACCAUGAAAGGGAGUUAUCAGAUGGUGGAGUUAGGCCCUGGAAAUAAGCCCAACGUACCCUUUGAUGCAGUAAUUCCCACCGUGGCGCUAAGGAGCUGAUGGAGUCACCACUGGUGACUCACCUUAGGUUUGCGAAUAGGACAUGCAUGCAUCCAAGUGUAGGGACACUGCUCCAAAAGGCUGUGAUGUGUAGAGCUAUCCUGUGUGUCAAACGGCUUGAAGUUGUAAAUGCUAGUGUGAUAUACAUGGAAACUUCCACAGAUUGAACCAGAGCGUGUCCAUCGAGUUUGGGCCAGAUCUAGGCUCUGUUGGGGGUGCAUGAGGUAGCUCAGCUUCCCGGUGAAGGGACAAACUUUCAAAAUUUGAAUUCACUUCAAGUUAGAGGCACAAUGCCAUUGGUUGUGGGAUGAAGGCACCAUGGUGCUGCACCAAAAUCAAGAAGAUCCUACUAAAAAAUGUUGCCAGCGUCCAUGCAUUG